AUGAACUUUAGUCAACAUGGCCGGUGGCCUUUGACUCAUCCACUCAUUCCUGCAAAAUCCUGCUUCGAGACCGAGACCGAGAAGGAGCGCGGGAGCGCGAUCUCGAGCGACGCCGCGCACCAGAACCUGCGCUAUACUGACGCCUUCGCUCGGGAGUGGGCUGUCGCCGAAGUCGCGAGCCCCUACGGUUCCCCGGAACGGUAG